AUGGUAUUGUUUUAUGGAUAUGAAUCAAAAGAUCCUGCGUGGAAGUAUGCAAAAGAAGUAGAGGGGGAAAAAUACUUGAGAUGCGCAUUUUGUGAUCAAAGAUGCAGUGGAGGAAUUUCUAGACUUAAGCAUCAUUUAAGUCAAACUCAUCAUGGUAUGCAACCAUGUAAGAAAGUUCCUGAGCAUGUGAAAAAAGAGUGUGCCGCAACUUUGAAAAAUCUUCAGCUUGAAAAAAGAAAGAAAAGUGAAAUGCUUAAAGAGAUUGGGGAUGGUCUAGGAGGAGGGGCUCUGAGUAUGGAAACUUCAUUGGAUGAAGAAUAUGGAAUCCCUGGUACUAGGAGUGCUGCAGUUGAUGAGGCUCUUAGAGCACAACCUAAAUCGAAAGGACCAAUGGAUAGAUUUGUCACUUCUCUAGAGCACUCCCAUUUAAUAUUAUAA